UCCGCUGUCCACGACCCAUUCAAACUUCUCCCGAAAACGCACCUGGGUCCCGCAGCCACCAGCAUUUCAUUUGGGGAGAAAGAGGAAGAGCGGCUAAAAACGGAGUCUAUCUUUCUAGGAUUCUGUUUCCCCAGAAGGAAAGAGAAUAUGAACAUGUUCAAGGAGACGGUGACGUUCAAGGACGUGGCGGUGGCCUUCACAGAGGAGGAGCUGGGACUGCUGGACUCUGCCCAGAGGAAGCUGUACCAGGACGUCAUGUUAGAAAACUUCAGGAACCUGGUCUCAGUGGGACAUCAGCCCUUUAAACAAGAUCAGUGGCACAUAGAAAGAGAAGAGAGGCUCUGGUUGAUGAAGACAGCAACCCAGAUAGAGAGAAAUGUAGGAGGGAACAAUCAAAGUGAGCUGAGGACCGUUCAAGACAGAGGACCACAUGAAGAGCUUUCCUGCUGGCAAAUCUGGCAACACAUUGCAAAUGACCUAUCCAGAUGUCAAAACUCCAUGAUAAAUAGUUCUCAGCUUCACAAACAAGGUGAUUCCCCCUGCCAGCUUGGGGCAGGACUCUCUAUUCAAAUUUCUGAAGAUGAGAACUGUAUACUAAAUUGUGAAGUGGAUGGUCCUAAUGGUACUGAAAGCUCAGACUUUGCAAUUUUGAGAGCCCAGGACUCAUGGAGGAAAACUUCUUUGACUGAGUCACAGAGUUAUCGGAAUAGAUACCAACAAAUUUCCAUGAAGAAUAAGCUGUGUCAGUGUAAACAGGAUGUUGAUCCCAUCAGUUGGAUUUCACAUCACCUAGAUCCUGGAAUACACAGAAGUGACCAAUCUUAUAGCGACGAUGAUUGUGAGAAAGACAGCAUGAAGAUUUCAACAUUGGACCAGGAUAGUAUGACUCACACAGGACAAAAACCUUAUGAGUGUAAUGAAUGUGAAAAAUCCUGCAGUGAUCUCUCUACCUUUGAUCUUCAUCAGCAGUUACACUCAAAAGUGAAGUCUCAUACCUGUAGUGAAUGUGGAAAAGGCUUCCGUUAUAGCUCAGUUCUUCGUAUUCAUCAGAGAGUUCACGUGGAAGAGAAAGGCUAUAAGUGUGGUGAGUGUGGUAAGGAAUUCAGUCAGAGCUCACUUCUGCAAACCCAUCAGAAAGUCCACACUGUAGAGAAGCCAUUUAAAUGUGAGGAGUGUGGGAAGGGCUUUGGUCGUAGAUCAGCACUUACUGUUCAUUGCAAAGUCCACACAGGAGAGAAGCCUUAUCAUUGUGAGGAGUGUGGGAGGGCCUUCAGUCAGGCCUCUCAUCUCCAGGACCAUCAGAGAGUCCACACUGGGGAGAAACCAUUCCGAUGCGAUGCAUGUGGUAAAAGCUUCAGUCGGAAUUCACAUCUUCAAUCCCAUCAGAGAGUCCACACGGGAGAGAAACCAUACAAAUGUGAGGAGUGUGGGAAGGGCUUCAUUUGUAGCUCAAAUCUAUACAUUCAUCAGAGGGUCCACACAGGAGAAAAACCCUACAAAUGUGAGGAAUGUGGUAAAGGCUUUAGUCGGCCUUCAAGUCUUCAGGCCCAUCAGGGUGUUCACACUGGAGAGAAAUCCUACAUAUGUAAUGUGUGUGGUAAAGGCUUUACUCUGAGUUCAAAUCUUCAAGCACAUCAGAGAGUCCACACAGGAGAGAAGCCAUACAAAUGCGAUGAGUGUGGGAAGAGCUUCAGGAGGAACUCCCAUUAUCAAGUUCAUCUGGUAGUCCACACAGGGGAGAAACCCUAUAAAUGUGAGGUAUGUGGAAAGGGCUUCAGUCAGAGUUCAUAUCUUCAAAUCCAUCUGAAGGCACACAGGGUAGAGAAACCUUACAAGUGUGAGGAGUGCGGGCAGGGCUUCAAUCAGAGUUCCCGACUUCAGAUUCACCAGCUGAUCCAUACUGGCGAGAAACCGUACAAAUGUGAAGAGUGUGGGAAGGGAUUCAGUCGUAGAGCAGAUCUCAAAAUUCACUGCAGAAUCCACACAGGAGAGAAACCAUAUAAUUGUGAGGAGUGUGGGAAAGUAUUCAGGCAGGCCUCAAAUCUUCUGGCCCAUCAGAGAGUCCAUAGUGGAGAGAAACCAUUCAAAUGUGAGGAGUGUGGGAAGAGUUUUGGUCGCAGUUCACACCUUCAAGCCCAUCAGAAAGUCCACACGGGAGAAAAGCCGUACAAAUGUGAGGAGUGUGGGAAGGGCUUCAAAUGGAGCUUGAAUCUUGACAUGCAUCAGAGGGUCCACACAGGAGAGAAACCCUACAAGUGUGGGGAGUGUGGGAAGCACUUCAGUCAGGCCUCAAGUCUUCAGCUUCAUCAGAGCGUCCACACUGGAGAGAAACCUUACAAGUGUGAUGUGUGUGGUAAGGUCUUCAGUCGCUCUUCACAGCUACAGUCUCAUCAGAGAGUUCACACAGGAGAGAAACCUUACAAGUGUGAGACGUGUGGUAAGAGCUUCAGCUGGCGAUCAAAUCUUACCAUUCAUCACAGAAUCCAUGCUGGUGAUAAAUCCUAUAACAGUAAUAGGAGUGGGAAGAACAUCAGAGAGUCCACCCAGAAAAAUAGUUGUAUAAAAUGA